AUGACGCUCACAGAGUCAAAUGCAUUCGUUUCGAUGGCUUCAAGUGCUGAUCAAGAUUAUCCACCAAGUAAUAUUCUUGAUCCAAAUGAUAAAGUGUUUUGGAUGACAACAGGUUUGUAUCCUCAAGAAUUCAUCAUCACAUUCAAAGAGCCUAUUGAGUUUCGUCAAAUACGCUUCGUAACAACUAAUGUCAAACGAUUUGUUAUGUUCACAACUAGCAAUCAAGAACCAAAGAAUUUUGAGACUAUUCUUGAGAAAACUUUAUCCAAUAAUGAGAAUAAUCUACAAGUAACUGACUUCACCUUAGAUCGUUCAAUCGACGUUCGUUAUUUAAAAUGUGUUAUCUUAGCUGCUUACGACAGCUUUUCCAGUGUACAUUCGUUGAAAUUUGAUGCUGAAAAUUCUCGUACGGGAAAGAAAUAUUAA